GUCCCGGCUCUGGAGCAUAAACAAGAGUGGGGACGGGAUGAGGCGGCGGUUGGUCCCCACUCGGCGAGUGGCGGCGAGCGAGGGCGCAAGCCGGACCGGGCGCAGAUCCUGAGUGGAACACACUCCCGCGGGCCGCCCGAGUUGCGCCGCGCGCGCUCCCGCGAAGGGGGUCCGAGCCCGUCGCGCGCGCGCAGCCAUGAACCUGGCGAGCCAGAGCGGAGAGGCCGGUGCCGGCCAGCUGCUGUUCGCCAACUUCAACCAGGAUAACACGUCCCUUGCGGUUGGUAGUAAGUCCGGGUAUAAGUUUUUCUCCCUUUCAUCUGUGGAUAAGCUGGAACAGAUCUAUGAAUGCACUGACACCGAAGAUGUGUGCAUCGUGGAGAGAUUGUUUUCAAGCAGUUUGGUGGCCAUCGUCAGCCUCAAAGCUCCCAGGAAACUGAAAGUUUGCCACUUUAAGAAGGGAACUGAGAUAUGCAACUACAGCUACUCCAACACAAUACUGGCUGUGAAGCUGAACAGGCAGAGGCUCAUUGUGUGUCUGGAGGAGUCACUCUAUAUACACAACAUCCGGGACAUGAAGGUACUUCAUACCAUCCGAGAGACACCCCCAAACCCUGCAGGCUUGUGUGCACUGUCAAUAAACAACGACAACUGCUACUUGGCGUACCCAGGGAGUGCGACCAUUGGAGAGGUGCAGGUCUUCGACACCAUUAACUUGAGAGCUGCAAACAUGAUCCCGGCUCAUGACAGUCCCUUAGCAGCCCUGGCUUUUGACGCAAGUGGGACCAAGCUUGCCACUGCUUCUGAGAAGGGGACUGUGAUUAGGGUGUUCUCCAUUCCAGAGGGACAAAAGCUGUUCGAGUUCCGGAGAGGAGUGAAGAGGUGUGUGAGCAUCUGCUCCCUGGCCUUCAGCAUGGACAGCAUGUUUCUCUCCGCAUCCAGUAAUACCGAAACUGUGCAUAUCUUCAAACUUGAGGCUGUGAGGGAAAAACCUCCAGAGGAGCCCACCACCUGGACCGGCUACUUCGGGAAGGUACUUAUGGCAUCUACCAGCUACCUGCCCUCACAAGUGACAGAAAUGUUCAACCAGGGCAGAGCCUUUGCUACUGUCCGCCUACCAUUCUGUGGCCAUAAAAACAUCUGCUCAUUAACCACAAUUCAGAAGAUCCCACGGUUGUUGGUAGGAGCAUCAGAUGGCUAUUUAUACAUGUACAACCUGGACCCCCAGGAAGGUGGCGAGUGUGCCCUGAUGCGUCAGCACAGGCUUGAUGGCAGCAUGGAGACGACCAGCGAGAUUGUGGACUCUGCCUCUCAUGACUGCCCCUUAGUAACACAAACGUACGGCGCAGCAGCUGCCAAAGGUGCCUAUGUGCCCUCAUCCCCAACGAGGCUUGGUAAAGGGCAGGACACCAACUUAGAAGCCUACACAGAUGACCUGGGUGCCGUGGGGGGCACUUGCCUGGAGGAUGAAGCCAGCGCCCUGCGCCUGGAUGAAGACAGCGAACAUCCUCCCAUGAUUCUCCGGACUGACUGAUCCUGACCUGUGAACUCUGGCCCAGGAGCAGAGAACACUGGCCUGGCAGAGGACUUGUGCAUUGCUGCUAUGAACUUUGACCUGAAUUGAUGGAGAGGAUGGCAGAGACUUUAAAGCGAAGAGAUUGUAGUUCUAGUUUAUCCAUACUGUCAAGAAAAUACACUGUUUUUCAGUGACUUUAAUCCUGCUUAUGAAUUUUAGCUUUUUAUUUUCUCUCACUCUUUAUUUUUUUUUUUUUAAUUUUUUUCUUGCCAAAAUUAACUGAAGUCUGUGGCGUCUCCUUGCUUUGCAUGCGUGAUGUGCCAAGCCAGCAUAGGAGAGCCACUCCAUAGCAAAGCAGAGUUGUCAGGUCUCAUGGCAGGGCACGAAUGAAGACAGCAGCUCUGUGUGCAGUGAUCCUGCAGGGGCAGGGCCCAUCCGCCCACUGAGACAGCCCCACCUGGACCAUUUUCCUCCAAUUUAUAUUCUCUUUCCAGAUUGAAUCGUUCUGGAACUAGCUUUCUCCGUGGGGGACUGUUGUUUGGGGUCUGUUCUCCAUGGGGAUCUUGAGGGAGAGAGGCAGUUUCUGCUCUGCACCUUCUUUUCUGGCAGGUGACCUUGGCGAUGUGCCCGGGCAGCCUGGAGCCAAGGAAGGCAAUCUCGUUUGUGUCAUUAAAUGCUCUGUCUCCUACUGUCCCCGUCCGCUAACUGUGGCUUGGUUUGUUGUUUUAAAGGAGAGUGUAGCUACUCCCGUGCCCAAAUAAGCACAAAGGUAUAAGAUGCUGCGUCAGCCGCCAGGCGUCCGUCUGCGGUCUGGAGCUGUGCUGUCUGCCAGGGGCUCCCCUCUCUCCACUCCCCAGAGUUAGCAACAGGUAGAGAGGCCCCAGGGAGACAGUGGGUCCUCCCCCGAUCCCCCACCCCAGUGACGUGCCUUUUCUUUCUUGGUCUUUACGUGUGCAGGAAUAUGAUGUCAGGUUCCAGGGCUGCCCUCACUUCUGUUUGCUUUUGACUUUUUGGUGGCUUUGGGGGAAGUACAGAUUCACAUUAUAGCCAAGACUGCCCUAGAACUCACUGUAUAGCCAGCACUGGCCUCAGAUUUAGAGCAGUCUCCCUGCCUCGACUUACUGAGAGCUGGGAUUACAGGUACCACUGUGCCUAGCUCCUUUCUCAGCUCUACGGUUCAGGUUCUUGAAUCUGCAUUCUAAACAGACCGUAGCAGUUAGGAAGUUAUGAGUUAUGAAGGUGUGGGCUGUUACAUCUUCCUAAACGCGGCUUUAGGUGCACACAGGGAAUGAAGAGGAUGAUAUCAGAGUACCAGGUUCUGCAGCCUGGUCAGGCCUCUAGAUAGGAAGAACUGUAGUAGCGGUCUUUAGUUUAGCUUGGGUAAGUCUGGUAGUGUCUCUGCAGAAUGCAGUGGCUAGACAGACCUGCUGGUGUCUCCUGCUCUUGCUCUUCCCAGGGUGGCUAAUCACAUGGGUGGGACACAAGGGCUGUCCACAGCUAGAUCUGGCUGCUGGCUGCACCUGUGCCCUGGAGCUUCUGAGUAGCCAAACCUAUAUACAUUUUACAUAGCAGGGGUGGGACUGGGGUGCUGAACUUGAAGCUGUGUGUGGCUGUCCUGGACCCUGAUAACAUGGAACCCCAGCCCUGUGGUCUGCCACAGUGGGUGCUUCUCUAGGACAGUAAAACAGGUCUUUGUAGGGCCAGGCACAGCCAGGGAGUGCUGUCUGGAAGAACUUGAGAAGCCAGCGCACAGGGAUGACCGGAACCAAAGAGCGAUGUCUGGAUUCAAGUGUGACUUACGUGACCGUGGACUUGAACGCUGUGGGUUGGAGCCCAACUCCAUCUGCUGAGAUUUCUUCUCUUGGAAGUUAGUAUUCCAGAAACGUGGGAUUCUUUUCUCCAUUUUGGCCUCAGUUUCCUCACUUGAUAAUUUGGUCAUAAAAGGGCAGCUUCCAGAGUCCAGGGCACCCCGUCCUCAGUGGUCUCUCCAGACUGUACAGACUGUUAGUUUCUGCUGGCCUCUGAGAGCCACCUGUACACCACCUGCAGGCCUCAGGCCUGAGGAGGGGUGUGUGGAUGGGCGAGAGCAGCUCUCUGAGGACUCACCACUGGCAGAGCCAAUUGAGGGACUGAGUCAGCUACAAUACACACCCAAGUGAUUGCUCACCACCAGGCCUCACACAAAUGGCCAUUUUUAAAUUUUCCAAAGUAAAGAGAAAAUUUUGGAAUCAGGUGUGGCACACACCUGUAAUCCCAGCAGUCAGGAGAGUGAGGCAGGAGAAUUGCUGUGAGUUUGAAACCAACCUAAACUAUACAGUGUGGGCAAGCCUGGCCUACAGAAUGAAAACCUGUCUCAGAAAAAAGAAACAAACCAAAGGAUGGCGACUUUAAACAAAACAAAAACAAACAAACAAAAAAAAAAACACUGGGGAAUGAGAGUUUAAAAUCCCCCAAAUUUUUACGAUUUGUAUGGAUUGGGACCAAAGCUUUUGUAUUUUCUAAAACAAUGAAAGCAAAAGUUGGAGCCCCUUGUCCUCCGUACACUAAUGAUGUGAGCUAGGGGCAGGUUGGGGGCCUUGGUCUGGACUGUAUGAGAAGAACCCUACCUCACAGGGCUGUUGUGAGGUGUGGGAGGGGAGCCCCAGCACUGGGCCUGGCCAACAAUGGACUCCAAUAAACACUAAAACUGAAAUGUC